AUGGCAACGAAUAAUAAAUCACAUAUUUCACCGAAUGUUCUUGUCGAAUCGUUAACCACUCAGAUGCAAUCGCGUGAACAAGUAGCUCAUCGUUCAACUGGCCCAUCGACCAUGUCGAGGUCAUCAUUAAAAUAUCCGUUGAUAGUAACACGCUCUGUGACAGUGCAUCGUCCUACUAAUCUACAACUAUACGAUCGAUCUCUGCAUGUCUUCAAACCACCGAUAUCGUCACAACGAACGCUGUUGACCCGCACUCCUAAUCACUCUCCACUGCGAUCGCCCCGACAUCCACUACAACAGCAGCAGCCUAUUUCGCCUCGUUCUAGUUCUCAAUACGAUCAUUUCCUUGCAUAUCUUCGACGACAAUCACUAGCACGCAUGCGUCGAAAGCAAGAAGAGGAAUAUGGUGAAUCAGAAGGAAAUCCAGGAACGAUGGUCACUCUCAAUAUUAAUCGAACAUUACCUUCACAACAAUUUCAAUCACCAUCGCACGGCUCAUUAUUAUCAUCAUCUACAGCAGACACCUCAUCAACUCCGAUGAUGUCUAUUGCGACAAAACGAAACGGACGACCCGUAUCCACUUAUCGUCCGUUUGCACGUCCAACAACGACGCGUCCAGCUCAAAAAUUAUCACCCUCAAUAGCUGCCGAUGCGAAUCAUCUGUUAACAAAAACGUUGACAUCAUCAUUAGUUAUUACGCCAGCAAAUUCUGUCGUCGAUGAUGUAUCGAUGCCACCGGUGAAAAUUCCGUAUGAAUUGCAUAUUAAUGAUGACAAACUCAGUUAUAGUUACAUUAGUGAUGAUAGCGGAGUGAAAUAUCACGGACAAAUGCUUCCCAGUGCUGUUUAA